AUGGAGCUUACUAGAGACCACCGCACAGUGUUCGUGGGCCAACUGACCCAGAAGGUGCGCGAGAAGGACCUGGAGCGGUUCUUGAGCAAGACGGGCAAGGUGGAGAACGUGCUGCUGAUCCGUGACAAGUUCACCAACCGCUCCAAGGGCUUUGCGUACGUGGAGCUGUCGAAUUUGGAAGAUGUGCCCAAGGUGCUGCUGCUGAACGGACAGGUGCCGGACUUCCAGGUGUUCCCGAUCAUGAUCAAGGCGUCGGAAGCCGAGAAGAACUUUGCUGCCAAGAAGGACUCGGUUAUGAAUGCUGCUGCGUCUACGGCUCCUCUGACUGCCGACGCCCCUGGCAUGUCGGCAUCUGCGCUGUCUGCAGCUAGCCGUAUCUACUGCGGUAACCUCCACACGAACAUCACGGAGGACGAUUUACGGAUUGUGUUCCAGUCGUUCGGGGAGGUGCUGUCGGUGACGAUCAACCGCGAUGAAAUGGGGCGCUCGAAGGGCUUCAGCUUCAUCCAGUUCAGUAGCCCGCAGGAAGCGAACUUCGCGUUGUCGAAGGGCAACGGACUGGAGCUGGCGGGCAACUACCUGCGUUUAGGCCCGGUGAACGAAAAUGCGAUGAAUGGCGGUAACAGAGGAAUGGCUGGAGCAGGUGGCAGCGGCGCAGACAACGGUGCUUCAGGCGGACGAUGGAAGCUGGAGGACGACGAAGGUACCGGACUCAGCAUGAACGCACAGUCACGCUCAGCGCUAAUGGCAAAGCUGGCUGGCAACGACGUGAACCUGUUCCCUACGAGAUAUCCCGCAGCGGCAUCCACCACCGACUACACCAACACCAUGGCCGCAACAGCCGCGCAGCGAGCGGAGCAGGCAGCGGCGCUGAUGUCUUCGACGGAGAUUGAAGGGAGUGAGUCAUUUUGCUUCGUGGUGAAGAAUAUGUUCGAUGUGUACCAGGAGCAGAAGAGCGGCAAUCCGGAGUGGGCUGUGGAGAUCCAGCAGGACGUCGAAGAGGAGUGCGGGCAGUACGGACCUGUGCUGCACACGUACGUGGAGAACGAGAAGCAAGGCGGCCUCGUGUACGUGCUGUUCGCCAACGUGAGCGCUGCAGUUUCUGCUGCCAAGAAGCUGCACGGCCGCUGGUUCAACAAGCGCCAGAUUAGUGUUAGGUACUUGUCGUCGCAGGAGUACGUCGGCAUGUUCCCGCAAGCCCGCUCCGCCGUCCAGACCGCGCGCGCCAACAGUUCCCAGUAA